AUGAACACGGAAUCUGAAUUGGAGGCCAAAUAUAGUGAUGCCGUUAAGCGCUGGGAGGCUGCCAAGGAGGCCACUGUAGCUUCCAGGGUCGAAAAGGAUGAGAAAGAGGGGCUAGCGAAUGAAAAACCAUGGGGCACCAGGGAAUCUUAUCUUGCUUGGGCUGACGGGUGGAAAGCACGUAUUGAGUGGGUAGAAAAUAGUGAACAAGAAUAUUCGGCUGAGCAUAAAAUGUAUGAGGCUGCAGUAAAUUUAAUGAUCCACGAGCAUGGUGCUGACUCUAAGGAAGUACAGAUCGCUGUGGAACGCAGAGAGCUAACCAGUACGAAGGUGUUUGUGUGGUAUUCUUUGUCUCCAUAUUGGACGACGUGGGCCAAGUUAAACGAUAAAGCUUCUAUGCUGUACAACCAACUCAAUGCCAAAGGCUGUGUUGCAGUAGCCGAUGAGCUUGGCAGAAGAAAAGAUGAAUUUCACGAUCGUAUAAACACUGAAUCCAAUGGUGAAGCCCUUUGCAAAGCCCUGAAUGCGGCCGUGAAAGCGCUGGAUAAAUGGGAAAAACAAAAUGACUGUACGGCUUGGGAUGAGGCCAAAUCAAAGUACGAUGCCGAACUGAAAAAGUGGAAAGAGUUUCAA